CACCACUCAUCCGCUCUCUUAACGCACUUCAACAUCAAACUCAAACGUCACGCAAUUGACAGCCAACUCCAGACAGCAGGCGAGACCAGAGACAAAUGCCGCCGAGUUCUACUGUUACGUGAGGAAUUCCACUUCGAGAGAGGUAUUUGUUUGUAUGGGACAGUCAGCUCGAGGUUUCAACGCGACAAAGUAGGUGACUGAGGAUUGAGGGACGUUUGGCGGGUGGGCGGCAAUGCCGGCAUCACCAGUCGGGAAUUGGACCAGCAGUCGAGACGCUGGCAGAGGUAUGCCGAGCUCGAGGUUACGUCCCGGGUCCAGAUCCAGGCCCAGGUCCCCGCGUACGGAAAGAAGGGCUCGGGAGAGGCACCUGGUUGAGGAGGGCUACAGCUCCCGUUGGCGGGAUUAUGAUGCGGAUCGGAACUUGGGACGGGAGCGGAUGAGAGACGAUGGUAUUGGGGAGAGUGAGAGGUCUGCAAAGCGGCGCCGCUUCGACUAUCAGGAAGCAAGGGAGCCGGACGAUGAACGUACGCCCAGCGGGAAUCGGGAAAGUGGUGGGUUAUCUUACCGACAUCACCAACGCCGACGUGAGGAUACUCACCGUCACCGCCAUCAUUCAGCAAGGCGAUAUUCGGCAGAGUGUACGUUAUCACGCAAAGAGCUUCCCCUUAGGGCUCGCCAGCUCUCGCGCAGCGACUUGGCCGCCUUCAGGCCCCUGUUUGCGCACUACCUGGACCUGCAGAAGAGGUUGGACAUUGGGUCGCUCGACGAGACGGAACUACGUGGUCGCUGGAAGAGUUUUAUGGGCAAAUGGAACCGAGGGGAGCUCGCAGAGGGCUGGUAUGACCCGGUCGUCUUUGCUAGCGCCGCCCGAGAUUAUGGGGGGAACCUUGAUGCCAACGGGGGCGAUCGGUAUCGUCUGCCAUCACCCUCGCGGUCCGUACAACGAACCUUGCACAGCGCAAAACUGCCACCUUCCCGUUCCCUCUCCCCCUACCCCACCGUUAACCCAGACGAUGCCGAUGGCGACAACGACGACGACGACGACGACGACGAAGACGCCUACGGCCCGCCACCACCCCCACCUCCAGGCCAACCACAGACACAUUACCAGCGCGACUACCCUCCCACCGCACCAUCAACAUCCGCCCGCGCCCCUGGCCCCUCGAUCCCCACCCAAACCGACCUCUCCCUCCGCGACGAAGCCCUCGCGGCAGAACAGUCGUCCUCCCUGGCAGCGCACCGCCUCGCCCGCCGCGCGCACCGCGCCCAAGAAAAAGCCCUCCUCGACGAAGUCCUCCCGCGUGCCGAGGUGGGAACGCGCGAGCGGCGGCUCGAGAAGCGCCGGGAGCUGAACGAGAAAUUGAAGGGGUUUCGGGAGAAGUCGCCCGGCGAGGAGGUGGUUGGGGAGGGGGAGCUGCUGGGCGGCGUGGAUGCGGUGGAGGAGUACAGGGCCUUGUUAAGGGCGAGGGAGGAGAGGAGGAAGGAGAAGGUGAGUAGACGGGAGGAGGCGGAACGGGCGAGACAGGCGGAGCGGGAGGAGAGGGUCAGGGCGUAUCGGGAGCGGGAGGAGAGGGUUGUGGAGGGGUUGAAAGAGUUGGCGAGGAUGAGGUUUGGGGGUGGUGGGAGGUAAGGAAGGGGUAGUUCAAGAUGGGUGGGUUUGAGGAGAAUGUAGGAGAGGAGUCAUUUUGUGCCUGGAGUCGAUUGCACUGUGUCGUAAGGGGGUUGAGUACUUCAUUAAUACAUAAACCCGUCAGAAAAAAGACAACCAAGGACUGCUAUCUAUAUAGAGUACGGCCAUAGAGCAUGCCAAUAAUGUGCCCUUCAAUCUCC